AUGCAGAAGUUCACCGAGACGGCAGAAUCCCGAUGCAAGAACGCCUACGGUGGCGAUGCUGCACGACCAAUAUUCGGCAGGCAAGCUGGAACCAAGAAGGACGAGUCAGUAUACGAUGGUUGGGAGAAUGGCAAAGAACUAGGUACGAGGCAAUUGACAGCAGUGCCUACGUUCUCAAAGAAACAAGCUCCGGUUGAAAAAAGGAGGAGAGAACUAUUGUCAGGGCUCACGUCCCAUACGAAAGAGCGUCUUAAGCAAGAUUACGCGACGUCCGGCCUUGGAACAAACGAUGCACGCGUGGGAAUUCCCUCAUGUGUCUCCAAGAUCAAGCGUCAUCAUUCAGAUGCUGAGAACAGCAUGGAUGAAGACGAAGAGAUCCGCUCAACAAAGCGACGACGUAAGUCCCAGAAGCCAUCUCAUCAUUCGACUCCGCCGGGUAUAGACACUAAUGCCUUCGAUGACGGUCUUGACUUUGGCGACACUAACACUUUCAAAAGCUAUAAUCUUAAUUUGUUCUCUGAGGCAAGCAAUGCGGUUCGACAGGAAAACGUAUUGAAUCCUUUUUUACAAACACCAGCAUACCAUGUACAACGAUCACCACAGGAUCAACAUUACGGAAGCCACCAGCAUCAGGCAGCGAUGGCCCCGGCAACCAAUAUACAAGUACAUUCAAAUGAGAAGAGUGGCGAUCCCUCAUCCAGAGUCAUACACAAUCGGCCGUUUAGCUCUGCCUCUAAGCCUUACCUGGACGAUCUGAAGUACACGAUCUCAGAAGAUUGUACCAUGGAUUCUCCUCAGCGCCGCAAAGCGUAUUUAAUAGCUUUGCAGCAUCCUAAGAGUCGAGUCGUGAGGAUUGAGCAGCCUCGAAGCCGGAGCCUUAGGCCUGGGCCACUCGAUGGAAAGAAGCAAAUCGAGGAGCUUGAAGAGGAGAAGAAGCAGUGGAUGGAAAAGAUCUGCCAGAUGCAAGAUGACUUUGCUGCCAUGCGCAUCGAGUACGACGCUCUUGUUGCUGAGAAGGAGAACUGGCACCGCGAGUCCAUGGAGAUGCACCACAUGGUCAACCAGCUCCAGUUCGACAAGGAGGAGCUUGUGCGCAACCACACUCUUGAAACCGGCGAGCUUCGCAAGAAGGUCUCUGUCCUUACUGAACGCCUCGAGGCUGCUA